AUGGCGCCUCGUUUAAGGUCACGACAAAUCACUAUGGAUGGCGCCCGAAUUGCCAUCGAAAGUAGUAAUAGUAGCACCCGUUCUUCUGGUUUGGAUGAUUUAAUCCAUAUCUUCAAAGAGCAAGCCAAAGCCUCGAAUUUCUCAACCCUUGAUGAUAAGAGCUACCAUAUAACAUUUGAGGCUCUAUUUCGAUGUGCUUUGACUGAAAAAAGGGCUUACUAUAGCAGCAAAAGCACUGCUGCCAAUAGGCUUACCAAAUGCGCAGAAGCUGUCCGUCUCGGUGUCGAACUAGGCGCCGGCAAGAUUAAGCGGAAAACCGUUCUUGCUGUGAUCGACCACAUUACCCAGACUCUACCACACCCUGAAGAUGAAGUAGUCCUGCCGCUUGUCCAAGAUUAUAUCAAAGCACUAGUCGCUCUCCUAAGUCAUGCUACUUAUGUCGAGUUGCUUGCAAUGGGAGAUGGGGAGGGUUGGUUCACAUGCGUUGACUUUGCUAUUGAUAUCUUGACCUUGUAUCUAGCAGCCACUGAUAAAGACCUAACGGCUUCGAGGGCUUCGCCGGCACCCGGAACCGGACAGUCGUCUUUGACCUUGUCAACUCCAAGAUCCACAGCUCCGUCCCAAAGAGCCAGCCGAGUUUCGAGGGGCCAACUGCCCGAUCUCCUGCAAUGCCUCCUUCACCUUGCAACCACUCCGAAUGCGCCGCUCUUGCAACGCUCAAAGGAGAUGUCGUCUGUUGUGAUUCAAAUCCUACAGCUUCGUUCCCUUGGAAUAGGCCAGUUGCAUCAGCUAGCAUUCGCCUUGAUUAACCGGCUGUUUGUUGUGUCCCAAACAGAUGAUUCUGAUCAUGCAAGCUCUCUAGCUAUGGAUUGCCUACCAUUAGUGAGCCAAUGGUGGCAAACGAAAACCGCAUCUGCUCACGAUGCACUUCUCAAUGGCGUUCGAGUCGAAAUGUUGAGGCUUCUACUGAACAUGCAUCUCCAACUCGAAUAUUUAGUAAGGCAAGGUAACAAGCCGUCGAUCCUUAGUGACAUUGAAAAUCUUGCCGAAUUAUUCUGGAGCGAAUAUUCUAGACGGGAAGAACGCGCUCGGUUUCAACAAGAUGACCUUACAUAUUCCUCUGCUCCUCGCAGUGGCACUGUCUUCCAAGUGCACUUAUUUUCUUUACGGCCCUGCAAUGUCGACGGUGAGAAACACUGGGCGGCCGUGCAUGUUCUAGCCCUUCUAGAAUGUCUCCUCUGGAAAGGUUCUCAGCAACCUCACACUACUUCUAUUAUUGAUGAACACCCGCGGAAGAAGCAAAGAACGGCUGUGGGUUUUAGUCGCCUCCGCCAGAAAUUACGGUCUCUAGACCACUCUAUACAAUAUACCGCUCUACAGAUCAUACCAUUCUUUGUAUCAGGCCUCAAAGUCGAAAUCGAUGAGAUGUCUGAACUUCUGUCUUUCUUAAUGAGUCAAGUUACCAGCAAGAACAACCAAGUAUCGACGUGGGCCAUGAUUGCUUGUGCAAGCUUAACUCCUCAAGCCAGCGCCCUUGACGAUUCUCUCUCUGUACACUGGAAGCAAGUAUGGCAGAUUGCAGUACGAUCGGUCAGCAUGACUGCAAACUGCCGAGCCUCAAGCAUCCUUCUCCAUUCUAUCAUAACUAACAAGCUAGUAACAUAUCGUGAUAUCGCUGACGAUAUCAACAGCAUAGUUACUACCGCUGAUGUGAAUGGACCAGCUGUUGUAGUUGAUUCCUCCCUCGUACUAAUGACAACUCUUCUUCAUCUUCGGAAUCAACAACUACCUGGCGCCAGUUAUGCGACUUGUAAUCAUGUAGUUCGCUGGAUGUUUUUCAGAUGGGAUCCUGCCGAUGCGUCCUUUAUAUCGUCUUAUUCUAGUCACGUCAUUCCGCUAGAUGUCGUCAACCUAAUACAAGCUGCCUAUGGCAAUCCAGAGGUGGUCUUGUCCAGGCCGUCUCAGACGAUUUCCGGUCCAAUUGGGGAGACGCUGAGUUUACUCCAGAACCGUGAAAGCUUGAUCAGAUAUCUGCUUCUGUUAGACCCUAUUGCUCCCCUAUCUGAUACAGAACCCAGCAACCAGCCCCCUACCGCUACAGCUGCACAGUCCAGCGAUAGUUUGAAUACGCAUGGCACGAAAAAACUUGUCGCAGAACUCUUCUAUCCAAAACUUGAGGAGGUCAGAGCUCUAUGCGAGAGUUGGGAUAAACAGAAAGACAAUUCCGCCCAAGUAACUCCAGAGAAGCUUCAGAGUAUUGUCUCUUCCUUGGUUGUUGGUGCUAUUGCCCUCCCUGGAAUUCUCGAGGCGGAUUCGAGGCAAUCGCAAGAGAUACAUCAACUCGUAUUUGCGAUUCUCCAAACUGCCUUAGCUGCUGUCUCAAAGUCCUACGAGAACCAAGUGCUUUAUGAUUGCCUCCUUGUAUCAGUCCGGCCAUACAUGCCAGCGCUGUCGAGUGCCGAGUUGGGAAAGUUCGGAAGAGAAUGGAUGUAUCUUCACAAAUUGUUUGUUGAUAUAUCUAGCGCAUUUCGCAGGAGGGCUGGAAAUCAACAAUCCGACUCCAACAACGACGACGAUUUCAUGGAUCUUGAUGACGACUUUGACACCAAGGAACGGCGGUCUAAUAUAUCAUCCAAGUCACUUGAAAUAUCCCGGCGCGAUUCCACCAUUGUGUUGCAAGGGGCAACCUUCUAUGCUGAUAGCAUUCAAAGACUCCGCCUCUUUGAUACUCUUUACGAGGAUAAUGGUCAAAUUGGUCUUGUACCAACGUCGUUUCUCAAUGACUUCCUUGACUUAUCGGAUGAAGAACUCAUUUCAUGUCGCUGUUUGAUCAAAGAUUUAUUCGACUCCGACCUCAUAAUAAACCCCGAUGAUGCCGAUAAAGUGAUCAACAGGAUAGGUCAACUGAUUGGCAGCACGGCUUUCUCAAGUUGCGAGGUUGCUCUGAAUGUUUGCCUUGAUGUAAUGGAAGGGCUCAUGCCAAUAUGGUCUGACAGCGAUGGUGACAUCUCUUCUAACGUAGGGGAUCUAUAUCACUACUUCCUCAAUUCUGGGCUGAAGAAUAAUAUCCUCUCACCAAGCGCCCAGAUAUCACUAUCUCGAUUACUCUUCCGUCUAACUCUAGUUAACGAGAACUAUCCACAAACAGUUAGAAUGGCACCCCCAAGCACAUCGCUGUUUGAGUUACUCAGGAGCGCAUCGAUGCCCGUGAAAUAUUAUAUCGGAGCCCGCCUACCCAGCUUAUUUGGCCGAUAUGUCCUAAAAUCCCAUGAUGGGAUUUUGGUUGAUGUUUUAGAUGUCCUCCCAAGUAGAAGCGAUUUUCUCGAAGGCAUAGCAUUGCGGCUCUUUGUUCUCUCCGAGUUAGCACGAGAGUGGCCUACCCUUCUACGACGUGGCAUAUACCACAUCUUUGAAAUCCCCGGGGAAAUUCCAGGUUCGAACAGACAUGCAGCGCGUUGCCUGGAUAAUAUAUCUACCUCCCUAAACCUUGAGAACACACAACAACUGUUCGAUCUAUUUGCACCCCAGCUACUUUACACUUGGCUUGAAACCAAAGAUAUCGACGACCUACCGUUUAUGAUUUUCAGCUUCUCAUCGCUAGAAGAUUUGCUACGACGUGCACAGUCUGAGGUAGUGGCCUUGAUGGUGAUGCGGGGACAGGAUGAAGAAGCCGCUAAACUGGCGACAACUCUCGGUGAUAGCCUGCCUGAACUAAUUCAACGCAAUUUUUCAAAGAUUAUUGCUUAUAGUAUGGCUCACGACAUUAGUAUGCCAAAAAUGGAACAGCAAAAGAGUGGCGAAAGUCGAUUGCGUAGGAUUCUUGGUCGAGAAGCCUUUCUUGAAGGUAUAUACGUUCACUUUGCCGACAUCGUCGGAUUGUUUUUCUGCCUUAUCGACCAGGAGGACCCGAUCGAAAAGUCCUGGGCUAGAGAAGAGAGCUUUUCCUAUGCCGCUACAAUUAUGGCAGAGAUCAAGAAGCGUGGCCACUCUGAUAUCGUUUUAUCCCCGAAUCAGCAGCCAAUGUUCCGAGCCAAGUAUCUCACAAGAGAGAUAGCACUUCUAUGCAGCCGGACGGAAUACGAGAUAACCACGCUAUGGACGCCCGCACUCGUAGUAAGCGUCGCCAGGAGACUACUUCAUGGCAUUCAUUCGGCAAUGGGACCAUUACACACAUGUUCUGUGCUUAGAAAAAUCCGAGUGCUCGUUUGUCUAGCUGGUCAAAAUGCCUGGCAAUCGUACCCGUUGGAAAUGUUGCUACAAUCCAUACGACCCCUAAUUGUUGAUACUGAAUGUGCAGACGAUGCACUUGGAAUGAGUCAAUAUCUCUUGGAAAAGGGGCGAGAGUCCUUGUCUCAGUCGCCUUCAUUCCUGGCUGGCUACGCUUUAUCAGCUCUUGCUUCCCUCCGCGUAUUCUUAGAAACCAGCCAGUCAAGCACGACGCAAGAAAGCCAAUUCAAAGCUACUAUGAGUAAAGCCCAGAGGUUCCAUUCCUGGUUCACAAAAUACCUAGAGGAUUACAACUCACCUUUCUUCCGAGGCGACGAGCAGCGGAAUGCCUUUGAGGCUAUUACGCGGUCUGCGGCACACGUCCAAGCAGCUGGAAAUGCAGAGCGAGGUACUUACGAGAGUAGACUUCUAUUAGAAAUUCUUCAAGAUGGGGCACAUGGAUCUCAGUUGUUAAAUGAGCCAUCACGCAAACUCGCACUAGAAAUGCUUUGCAGCCAUUUCACGAUUCCGGCUUCGCACAACAUCGAUGUGGUCAGCUCUGAUGAAGAGGCAUUGUCUUGGGUAACUGUUGUGUGGAAGAGCUGCCAGGCACAAGGUCUAAGCAACGAGUACCUUGCUUGGGCAGGCCGUGUAGUUGGUAGAGGCUUUGCCGCGUCUGGUCACGUUGAUCCAGACUUGUUGAGAGAAUCCGAGUUGUCGAGAUACUACAACGUAUCAAUAGAUGCCUCCGGAUCAGAGCAUGGCCUAUUAAGUCUUCUACAGUCUUUGACGUCGGAUAGUGAUUGCUACAGGGCGGGACUUGCAGAGUCUGCGUUGAGAACCAUCGUCUCGGAUGCCGCGGCCCAAGGGGAGAACAGCUUGUUCAUAGCAUGUCAGAAGGUCCUAUCUGAUCAGCUUCUCGUGGCAUCGGAUUGGGCAUCGUAUAGAACCCCGCCGUCAGAUAACCUGCUUAUUACCCCUGUCCGCGAAGACUAUGCUCUCUCUAGUGAGACAUUCGAAAGCGCAAAAUGGGCUCAGAUUGUCAGCGUAUACUUGGCACAGUCAUAUCCAAAGAGCAUUAUUCUAAGUGCUCUACCUCCUAUACUCACCAACGUCAAAGGCUUUGCCCAACAAGCAUUUCCCUUUGUUGUUCACUUGGUCCUCCUCUUUGAGCAGGAAAAGCAGCAAUCUGUCAAACGAAGUCUCUCAAGUGCGUUAAAGAUUUGGCUUAAACUGGAUUCAUCGCAUGCAAAGGAAAACACGAGUCUUCUCAUAAAUGCUAUUCUAUAUCUGAGAACACAACGGCUUCCAAAAGAGAAUUCCAUAGCUGACCGAGCCCAAUGGCUCGAUCUAGACCUUCUUUCAGUUGCUUCGGCGGCCGCAAGAUGCGGCAUGUACAAAACAGCGUUGCUAUUCGUUGAAAUGACGAUCUCUGAAGGGUCUCGUGCAUCUCGUCGUUCGUCUGUCAACCGAGCUCAAGAAUCCACGGAUGUGCUUAUGGAUAUAUUCGAAAAUAUCGACGACCCAGAUGCCUAUUACGGCCUCAGCCAUACCUCAAGUUUAAGUAACGUGCUCGCGCGACUUGAAUAUGAAAAAAACGGCAGUAUGAGCCUAGCAUUUCGUGGUGCGCAAUACGAUAGUCAUAUUCGGAGAAGAGAUCCAGCGGCCAACCUCGAUAGUCAAUCACUAAUAGGGACUCUUGACAACCUCGGACUAUCAGGGCUAUCACAUUCUUUACUUCAAACCCAGCAGAACAUAGACAGUUCAUCCACCGCCGUAGAUAGCACGUUUAGUACAGCUCGACGUCUUGAAAUUUGGAACCUCCCAGCCCCCACGUCAACAGAAACCCCUUCAGUUACUCUAUAUAAAGCAUACCAGGCUUGGCACCAGGCCACUGAACUAGGCCCAGCAAGAAGAGCCACGUACAAUGGUUUCAGCGAGACCAUGCGAAUGGUAGUUGGAAAAGAGCUCAGUCCAGCCCGCCUCCGCCAUUACUUAGGGACGUUGGCCGUUUUAGUGGAGCUCAAUGAUACUGUUGAGGUGACCGACUCAAGCGAACUUGAUAAAAUAUUGGCUUCAUUUUCAGAUCGAUCUGAGUGGAUGAAGAGCGGACGGUAUGAGGAUGUCAGCCAAAUAUUAUCCUGCAGAGAAACAACAUUGAGUGUGCUAGCCCAGACCUCCCAGCGCCGCGAUAUGACCAGAAUCGACCCUCCAGAAGCAACCUUGGCACAGAUUAAGUCAAUGCUACUAUCAUCUAGUGUCUAUAGAUAUCAUCGAGCAUCCCAAGAAUCUCUAAACAUUGCAACAUCUCUUACAGAUCUAGUGUUGCCGAGUGUAGAUCUAGGAUUGCAUCUCGACUCUGUGGCUAAAUUCGAGGCCGCUGAUUCUCUCUGGGAUCACGGCGAAAUGAUAUCCUCUAUCCAUAUGUUACAAAGCAUUGGCGAUGAUCCAAAUCCCAAAAAGCAGACAAUUCCUAUCAGCCGGCCCGAUCUCCUCGCGAAGACUGGAUAUCAAAUAUCGGUAGCCAAGCUAGAGAAACCAGAAACGAUACAGAAAGAUUAUUUACAACCUGCUCUAAAGGAGCUUAGGGGAAAGACUGAUGGCCGAGAGGCUGGUAAAGUCUAUCAUCAAUUCGCUACGUUUUGUGACGAGCAGCUGGAGAACCCAGGUGGACUUGAAGACUUGACUCGUUUGCAGCACCUAAGGAAGGGUAAAAGUGACGAGGUCAUGCAACUUAAAAGCCUCGUGUCCAACACGAAGGAGUCACAGGUCAAGGCGAGAUAUCAAAAUUAUCUCUCGAAAGCAAAGCAGUGGCUUGAAUUGGAUGAACAAGAACUGAAACGAGUCGAACAAAGCCGAACUGAGUUCGUGAGACUUAGUUUAGAGAACUACCUCCUCUCCCUCGUAGCCUCUGACGAAUACAACAACGAUGCGCUCAGAUUUACGGCUUUGUGGCUUGAGCGGGCGACUGAGAAUUAUACCAAUGAAGCUGUCGGGAAAUACAUUCACAAAGUUGCGAGCCGGAAAUUCGCUCCGCUUAUGAAUCAGCUUACUUCGCGCCUGCUUGAGCAGAAUAACCUCUUUCAGAAGCUCCUCAUGGAUCUCGUGUAUCGUAUCUGCGUUGAACACCCAUAUCAUGGAAUGUACCAGAUAUGGUCAGGGAUAAGAUCUAAAAUAAACGACAAAGAUGACAUGGCCGUGUUACGGCGGACAGCUACGGAUAGAGUUGGGAAGAAGCUUGCCCAAAAUAGUUCGACCUCGGCAUUGUGGACUGCCGUUGACAAGACAAGCAAGGCUUAUCAUAUGUUUGCGUCAGAGCGUGAUGCGUCGCGCUAUAAGGCAGGUCAAAAAGUUGCCGUUAAGGACUCAAGUGCUGGUUCCGGUCUGGCCAGCGCUCUGGCAAAAUGGCAUAUCCCUCCUCCAACUAUGCAAGUAGAGCUCUCAGCCAGUCUAGACUAUAGUCAUGUUCCGUACAUCUCUAAGAUUGAGCCAACCAUGUCUAUCGCCUCCGGUGUCAGUGCACCAAAGAUCAUUACGGUGGUAGGCUCAAACGGGGAACGAUUCAAGCAGCUGGUCAAAGGUGGCAACGACGAUCUCCGCCAGGACGCAAUCAUGGAGCAAGUCUUUGCGGCCGUGUCGGCCGUGUUAAAACACCACCGAUCUACCCAGCAGCGCAACCUUGGCAUCCGAACAUACAAGGUAUUACCCCUUACUGCCGUCUCGGGUCUUAUCGAGUUCGUCUCGAACACUAUACCACUUCAUGAAUAUCUCAUGCCCGCCCACGAACGAUAUCAUCCAAAGGACCUCAAGGGAUCUCAAUGCCGAAAGGAGAUUUCUCAGGUGCAGAACAAGUCGUCCGAAACGCGUGUGUCCACUUACAAGAGAGUCACCGAUCGAUUCCAACCUGUGAUGCGUUAUUUCUUCAUGGAGCAUUUCGUCGAUCCGGACGAAUGGUUUGCCAAGCGUACAGCGUAUACCCGUACUACUGCAGCAGUUUCCAUAUUAGGCCACGUUCUCGGCCUUGGCGAUCGUCACGGCCACAACAUCCUCCUCGACUCCAAAAGUGGCGACGUGGUCCACAUCGAUUUGGGUGUGGCUUUCGAAAUGGGUCGCGUGCUACCGGUCCCGGAGCUGGUGCCUUUCCGGCUCACACGCGACAUAGUGGACGGCAUGGGCGUCACCAAGACGGAAGGCGUCUUUCGAAGAUGCUGCGAGUUCACGCUGGACGCGCUGCGGGAGGAAACCUAUUCCAUCAUGACCAUCCUCGACGUGUUGCGUUACGAUCCCCUGUAUUCCUGGUCGAUGAGCCCAGUCCGCAUGUCGAAACUGCAAGGCACGCGCCGAGACGGGGAAGAAGAGGGGGCCGACGCCGCCGAGAUCGACCCGAAGAAGAAGAAGAAGGCCGUCGCCAGCGGCACUAUAGGCGUUGUGAACGAACCAAGCGAGGCCGACCGAGCGCUCGAGGUCGUGCGCAAGAAGCUCAGCAAGACGUUGAGCGUGACAGCCACGGUCAACGAUCUGAUCAACCAAGCAACGGAUGAGAGGAAUCUGGCGCUUUUGUAUUCUGGAUGGGCUGCUUAUGCCUGA